ACAGGAUUGAAGAGAUAUAUUCUAUUGAGUACAAGAUCAAAAUUCUAAUUCAUACAAGAUCAAAAUUCAUACACUAAUCAUCAAUUUUGUUCACCAUAACAAACAUCACCGGAUGAUAUUUAAGGUGCCAACCAGCACCAGAGGCUCAGUUAUGCCUAUUCGAAGAACCUGCUAUAGAAAUUUGAAAGCUGCUAUAUUUUAUAUGCUAAAGGAAUUAACUAGAAAGGAUUUUAAAGUUUAUAUGAAAGGGAUGCUGUCUUUUACUCGCUGAUUGUUAAAACUGUUGCUGAACUUCCAAAUAAAAUUGUUGUAUAAUGCGAAUAAGCCAAUUCAGAUAAUAUAUUUUGUUUCAUGUACCUGCAAAUAAGUUUCAAUUAAGAACUAUGAUCCAUAUUUCAAGAUUAUCUGUUUUUAAGAGAGGCCUGUCAAUGGCGGGAAGAGUAACUCUGUUUAACAGGUGGCGGCGUGAUCAUGCGGUGAACCGUAACGAGCUAAAAAAUGGGCCUAGCCAAUAAUUUAUGUAUUUCCUUUGAUUGCAAAAAACUCUGCCUUUCGGAAAACUGGGUAACUUUUUGGAUUUAAGGCUAAACUUUUUGGAUUUAAGGCUAAAGUUUUAAAGAGGUUUCAACAUAUAUGGACCAAUUACGCGUUUGAAUCUUAGCUGUAUCGACAAAGUUGUCAACCACCAUCUUGAAUUUCCCGUCAUGCUUGAGUACACUGUGAUAGCCUAAUUGGUAAAUAUGAGAAUUCAUUUUUUAGAGCCGUUAUUAACAAUUCGGAUUAUUGCAAGAUUUUUGUUUGUAUGGCACAAUACACGGGUCUUACGAUACAUUGUUACGCAUGGUGGGAAUUUUAACAAAAAUUAGACUUACGACUUGGUAGGCGCUACGAAUGUCAACUAAAGAGAUCGUUGGUAUGAGCCAAGCAUAGAUGUCAAAUGAAAAAUGUGGUUGUUUUACUUUGCUGCCUGUUUUCUUAGUAUUGCCACUUCCAGUCGUCUGAAAGAUGAUCCAAACUGUGUUUUGUAUGUUGGAUUUGAUAGAUAUAAAGCAGAGUACCUCUUAGACGACUCCCAAUACAACAACAAGGUUACGUUGCAAGAUGGGGCAAUGAUAUCGAAGAAGGACGGUAGCUGUGGGGUUUGUGCUCAGCUGCUUGGUGGGAGGAUCAAUGUUGAUGGCAAAAGCUUUCAAGGAAUUCCUCGAGAUGGAGUAACUAUUGCAAUGAUGGUUAACUUAGUAAACACUGCUGGAACCCACGAGCUGUUUGAAACGAUAGGAGAUCAUUCAAGCCACAAACUUGGCCAGUAUCAUUUAGAAGUAGUUAAUGGCAAUUUGCGAUGGUUUCAUCGUAACGAGAAAUCGGAUACGGUCUUCUCUGUAACAACCGACCGGGUAGUUAUCCAACCGGACACCUGGGUCGAACUUGUCGUGAUGUACGAUUCAUUUAAAGGGAGAGCUGUUAUUUACAUUGAUGGGCAGAUGAUUAAGGAAGAAAUAUCCGAUCCGAUGAAACUGUCACAAGACUGGGGCACAUUUGCAGGAAUCGGAGGAAUGAAGAAUGAUCACGAACUUAAAGGAUAUGUCGAUGAAUUCUACAUAUUCAACAGGACUCUAUCUGAGGGCGAGCUAAAGCAGCUGCAUGAUCGAUGCAAAGGACCCUUGGCAACAAAAAUCCUUCACUUGAAUUUUGAAAACACAACUGCUAAUCUAACAUAUGACAUUUCUUUUCAAGGAAAUGACGGCUAUUUGGUCGGCUUUGCGUCGUCAGCCAACGGAACAUGUGGCAUGGGUCUUAGAGUUGCUCAUGGCAGUAGUAGUAAUAUAAAUGUCCAUGGUCCGUACUUCAGAAACAAACCUACUGAUUCUGUAUCAAUCGUUAUGUGGGUUAAGCUCGACGACAACUCUGGCACGCAUCAGCUGUUUCAGACGAUUGGAGGCCAUUCGAUGCACACACGAAAGCAGUACGAUCUAAGAGUUGUUGAUGGAGCGCUAUACUGGGUUCACCAUAAUGAGUACAAUCAGGAGAUUUUCAAGGUUAAGACUUUACCAAUUAUUGUGGCAGGUAUAUGGACCAACAUUGCAGUCACGUAUGACUCUAACAAAGAAGUCGCAGUUAUUUAUGUUGACGGAGACAUCAAGGAAGGCUCGACCGGAGCCGGGGCCUUAUCAGAGGACUGGGACGGCGAAGCAUCAUUCGGUAAACACAACUCGUCAGCAGGGUCCUUUGAUUGGUUCGAUGAAAUCUAUAUGUUUGAUAAGGAGCUCACUCCAUUGGAGAUAAGGACUAUCUAUAUGAAAUGCAGCUAUGUGCUCAAUGUAGCUUCGGGUAGUCAACCUCAACUGAUUUACCUCAACUUCGAUCGGAUUUCUGGAGAGACAGUUCAAGAUGACUCAGGGUAUUCUAACGAAGGAACGUUAGUAAACUUUAGUCAGCUUGCAAGGGACGCUGGGAAGUGUGGACACGGAAUUCGAUUUCAGGGAGGCCACAUUCAGCUUAAUGGAAACCAAAUAGUGAACAAACCAACUGUUGGAAUCACCGUAGCUGUUUGGGUGUACAUUGACUCUAACGAGGGGCAGCAAGAAAUCUUUCAAACAAUCGAUCCCUACGCUGAUCAAAAUAAACACGGACAGUUUUACUUAGAAUUAAGCGAUGGGCAGAUUCGAUGGUUCCAUCGUAAUAACAAAGGAGAGACGGUUUUUAGCGUGGAAACCAGUAAGCCUGUUGUACUCCCUGAAACCUGGACCCAUGUCGCUGGGACCUACAACAGCUCACUUGGGAAAGCAGCUAUUUUUAUCAACGGUGAGUUAUCGAACGAAGAACCUGGGUCUGGACUUUUGUCACAGGACUGGAAUGGCAGAGUUAGCAUUGGUAGAUUUUACGACACUUCGGACAAUGGAGAAUGGAUCGAAGGCCGGCCAUUUUAUGGAAUCUUAGAUGAGUUUUAUCUUUAUAACGAGGCACUGUCUCGAUCGCAUAUCAGCAAGCUGAGUCAGAUUUGUGAUUUCCGAAGGAUUGUUUUGUUUUUCGGAUUCACACAGAUUGAGGGACAGAAGAUCCUUGAUCAAUCUGGAUUGUCAAAUAAUGGGGAGAUCACUAAUGGAACAGAUUUAUGCGAUGGAGUUUGUGGCCAAGGCGUUAAUUUCACUCAAAAUGGAUACAUAGCAUUAGAUGGAAAGACUUUUAAACAAAAGCCAAUUGCAGCGAUAUCAAUUUCAACGUGGCUGCGACUUAACACAAAUAGGGGCUCGCAUGAAGUGUUCAAUACAAUUGGCAGCCACUCAAUGCAUAAACACGACCAGUACCAUUUUGUGAUUGAAGAUGGAACGGUGAAGUGGAUACAUAAGGACCACAAUGAAAAAGAAAUAUUUCGAUUGGUCACACUAGCUGUGAUAAAACCCAGGCAAUGGGUCCAUUUGAUAGCUACUUAUGACUCUCAAGAAUCGAAGGCAAAGGUAUUUCUCAAUGGACAAUUGGUGAAAGAGGCUCCAGGAUCAGGUUAUCUUUCACAAGAUUGGGGACAUUUUGCUGGCAUAGGCCGGCAUUACUACGAUCCUCAAGCAUCAUUUGCAGGAGCUCUCGACAAUUAUUUCAUUGCAAAUUACGCACUUCCCGAGGACGAGAUUCAGUAUAUAUCAAGAGAUAUUUGUAAAUGGUAGUUCAUUUAACCACAUAACUAUAACUUAACUUAAGGUCCACAAGUACAUAAGAAAUAAUUUGGUGAACAGUCAAGGAAAUAGGGAAUAAUCUUGGGUAGCGGAGUGUUGGCUUUCAGUGAAGGGCGCCUCUGAAUACUUUCUCUCCCUGCUCUUUUAGAAAAGACAGCUGCCCUUUUCCCGCAUAGCUACAGGCAACUGAUUAAAAUAUAUUUUUAAACUUAAUAAAUUUAUUUUACGAGAAGCGAUGAUGGAGAAUAAAAUUCAUUGCAUUAUGGCUGCGAACAUGCUAAAUUAGUUGAUAACUUCAUGAAUUUGCAAAGACUCUCUCUAAACAAAGAAAUUUUGGAAAUUACCAGCAUGGAAAAAGAACUGUUAAGCUCAUUUUAGUUUUAUUAGUAACUAAGAAAAUUACCAGAGAAAUAGUGCUAAAUUAGAAACGGGGAUGGAAAGGCCGGGAGAUUGACUUUAAUGUGAUUGCCAAGUAGCGACUAAUUCUUACAAAGAAAUUCAUGAAACGUCGGUCUUUUCAUAAAGCCCUCUUCACAAAAUCUUCCGGAGUGGUCUCAACAAAUAUAAAAAGCCUUUGAUCACUGUGCCAGAAAUAGACUCUUUUGUUGAUGGUACAAGAGCAGCCAAUUUUCCGAGGAUUCCUUUUUAAGUGGCUUUCCUCUAUCCUUAAAAGCUUAUAUAGCUUCCACUAUUGUACGCAAGCAAGCAACCUUGUAUAUAGUUCUAAUCAACUUCUAUUUUACUUUUAAUGCAUUUAAGAUUUGAGACAAGAUAAAUUUUGUAAUAAAUCGUUGCAAUACCAUAAAAAACAAUUUGCAAUCAGCUUGCAUACAAACCCUCGUUUUACUGUGGAUUUGUUAAUACAUAUUUUUGCCUGAAUUUUGUCUACUUAAUCUAUCUAAUUAUAAUCUUAUAUCAUUGCAAGAAAAAGUGAGAAUAGCCUGAAAUUACCAAAAAAUUUCCAUGUGACAAAGAUAAGGGAAAGCAAUCUUUAUCUGGUUGAAUCUGAGUAUACUGAGUCAUUAUUUGGUGACGUCAUUAUUUGGUGACGUCAUUUUGACGUCCAGUAUCAUGACGAUUGAUUGAAAUAACUAUUUUAAGGAUGCAAAGGAAAACAUUCACUUUUAUCUUGAAAACAUUUUGCCCUUCCUAUCCUAAAAAGUAGAAGCAUUUCUUACAGGCCUAAAAAUUGAAAGUUAUUUGCUUAGGCUGAAAAUAUCGGCAUAGCAAUAAUACAAUUAAACAACAACAGUACCGUAGAAAGGAUAGAAUAAUUGAAAGGCACCUCUGCUAGAGAGCAAAAGGAAAAAAAAGAGAUUGUUCAUGGGGAAACAAAGAAUUUUAAUGUAAUUUCUGCAGGGGCAUGAGCCCCCUUCCUCUAAAGAAAACAGUAGGUACAGACCUGACCGUCGUAAUUCUGACAAAACGACGAUACCACUAAUCCACAGAAACGUCCCGACAAAACUCCGUAAAAUUCUGAAAAAAUCAAAGACAUCCUUUUUCUAUAAAAAUGCUGUUACAAAUGAUAACCAGAUUGAUAGUGUUUGAAAUUAGAUGGUUCUUUGCUCGUACCAUUUGCAGUUUAAUGACCUUUGAAUUUAAAGACUUGAUAUUUGUUAAGUUUGAUUGACUUGAACAUCAAUAAUCAGUUUAAAUUAGCC